UGUAAAGCACACUAGCGCCACCAUAAAGGAAAUGUCACAUGCCAUCUAGUCCAGCAUUUUCCCCUUUUGGACGUAUAUUUUCCUUCCACUAUGUCUUCUCAUCCCUGAACGCGUCUUCCGGAGCUGUCGUUGCCACGUCAGGUGUGACGUUGCGGAGGAGUUGUCCGGCUUCGAUGCGUCGGAACCAGGACGAGACUCACUGCACACAUCGACGGGAAGCUGCUCUCCAUCAAACCCACUGCCUGUUCAAGGUUUGAUAUCAAUCUUCCCCAAUCAUGGACAAGAGCGCUCUUCUUCAGUUGUUGUCUGAGGCCGGACAGGAUCAUCUUCUUCAAUUUUGGGAUGAGCUAAGCCCUGAGGAAAGAGCCGUUUUGACCCUUGACCUGCAGGGCAUGGACUUAAAGGAGAUCAAUGGAUUCUUUGAAACUGCAAUGAAGAUGUCCGACAGCAGUAAGCAAGAGAAGAUGGAUGCUCGCAUGAAGCCUGUUCCAGCUGAGGUUCUGGGCAGUGUGACCAGGGACAGGGGGAGUGUCAAGGGCUGGGAGGAAGAAGGUCUGCGCUGCAUCUCUCAGAAUAAAGUGGCUGUUCUGCUGCUAGCAGGGGGUCAGGGGACCAGACUGGGAGUCUCUUACCCCAAAGGAAUGUAUGACAUCGGGUUGCCGUCCCACAAAACUCUCUUUCAGAUUCAAGCUGAGCGCAUCGUGAAGCUGCAACACUUGGCUGAGCAGAAGAGUGAAGGCAAAUGCUGCAUUCCCUGGUACAUCAUGACCAGUGGCAGGACAAUGGAGUCCACUAAAGACUUUUUUUCCAAGCAUAAAUAUUUCGGCUUGGAUAAGGAGAACAUCGUCUUCUUCCAGCAAGGAAUGCUGCCUGCCAUGGACUACGAUGGAAAGAUCAUCCUGGAGAGCAAAGGCAAACUCGCCAUGGCCCCUGAUGGCAACGGUGGUCUUUACAGAGCCCUUGGGUGUCAGGGCAUCAUGGCUGACAUGCACCAGAGGGGGAUUGAGUUCAUCCAUGUGUACUGUGUCGACAACAUUCUGGUCAAAGUGGCUGACCCCUCCUUUAUUGGUUUCUGUGUGCAGAAGGGAGCGGACUGUGGAGCAAAGGUGGUGGAAAAGUCCAACCCCAUGGAGGCGGUGGGUGUUGUCUGUCAGGUGGAUGAUCGCUAUCAAGUGGUGGAGUACAGUGAGAUCACACUAGAAACAGCACAGAAACGUGGCACAGAUGGCCGACUAAUGUUCAACGCUGGGAACGUGGCCAACCACUUCUUCACCUUCUCCUUCCUCAAAGAUGUUGUGGAGAAGUACGAGCCAAAACUGCAGCACCAUGUGGCUCAGAAGAAGAUUCCAUACGUGGACACGCAUGGAAAUCGUAUCACACCUGACAAACCAAAUGGAAUCAAAAUGGAGAAGUUUGUGUUUGACAUCUUCCAGUUUGCCAAGACUUUUGUGGUGUUUGAAGUGUUGCGGGAAGACGAGUUCUCCCCGCUGAAGAAUGCAGACAAACAGGACGGGAAGGACACGCCGACUACUGCAAGACACGCCCUGAUGUCCCUUCAUCACGGCUGGGUGCUCAAGGCUGGCGGUCACUUCAUCGAUGAGAACAGGCGGCGCAUCCCUGCCAUUCCCAGCAACGGAGCAGCUGGCAGUGUCACAGAUAUCAACAGAAACCUGAAAGACGGGACAGACCAGCCAAUCAAAUGUGAGAUCUCCCCCCUGGUGUCCUACUGUGGAGAGGGGCUGGAGGAGCUGGUGAAGGGCAAAGAGUUCCAGCCCACACUGGUGAUCGACGAACAAGGAGUCCAGCAGAUGGUGAAGAACGGCGUUUAGCGGAGGGAGACGAGCAACAACCCAAAGAUGAACCUGAACGUGGCUCACAUUGAGAUGUCAUCAAAGUGCAAUAAUGAUGAAAAUAGCUUCAUGAAGGAGGAAAACUGAGCUUUUAACACAGCCAACAUGAAGGUUCCUUCUGCAGCAGGGUGAAGUCCAAUGGUGCAACUAUUUAUUUUGCUUAUCAGACUUAUUUUUAUACACUGUCAAGUAUCGAGGCGAGGACCAACUGCUCAAUCUACUGCUUAUUUAAACACAGUGAUCACAGUGGAAUCAUGGUACGUGAAGUUUUUUUUUUUUUUUAGGGUGGGAGGAUGAAUAAUACCAUAAUCAAUGAAGACAAGUAAAUACAGUGCGGAAAUAUGUUCACAAUAUGUU